ACGCCAUCUUCCAAACGCCACAUGAUGGGAGGGGAGCGGAGACAGGUGGGGUGCGCGUUGAUGGGAGCCACAGUAUUUUAAUUCAUCUGGACUCAGUGACUCCAUGCCCUUGUAUCCUUACCGCCUGCUGCUGCUGCAGCACUGUUAAGCAACACUAUCCUUCAACUGGACAAGGUGGACUGGCUGCGCACAACUGUAACAAGGCAGAUGGCAUCCCCCUCAGGAAACGACAGCAUCGUACCUAAGCAAACCAAAAGUAAAUGUGACAUCAGUGAUGUCACAAAGGAAAGUGAUGCACCCCUUAAUGAUCGGCUCAUUCCAAACCCCACUGAUGUAAAUAUAGUGGAAAGAGAACAUCCCUAUGCAUCCCACAUCUCCCGCUUUGCCAUGUUCCCAUCCUUUCGGUCGUCAGGAGAUCCUCCAACGGGAGUCAGGACAGCGGCGUUCCCUUUCAUUAGCCCCAUCGUCCCGACUACACCAAAGGUUACUGUGCUCAGCAAAACGAAAGGUGGUCCAUACAGGCAUGAGGUUAUGGAGACACCCACGAGGGCGAAGCCAGCCAAGUGGACAGGGGAGCUUGGCUUCUUGGAACGUCCAAAACCCACGAGGGGAGUAAGGCAUGCUUUGUACGCCGCGCCCUCAAGGGCCGUGUUGCCCAACCCCAAACUUCAUGACGGGGAUUUGACGGCUUCCGAACGGACGAGUAACAUUUUGAGGAAUAUGGAUAAGAUGCACUGGAUCACCUCUUAUCAGAUGCACUACAAAGGGUUGCAGCCAGCUUGUAAAACUGAUGACUUCAGGGCAAAAACGAGUGAGCCCGCUGGGAGGACUUCACAUUCUGCACCACUGGGAGCAGAGAGAGAAAGGUCUAUUUAUGUGCUUGUUCCCUCUAAACUGAGACAAGAAGCAAGAAGAAGACAGGGGAGAAAUAUGAAGAGCACUUACGCUGACACGUUUUUAAACCCAACGGCAAACCAAGGCGCCCAUCGAAGCCAACGUGGCUCUCACACGAUGAUGUGUGAAUGCAACGACGCAACGGAUCGGCACCAAAUUGUUCCUAAUCCCUCAAACGCUGUUUCGGGUGGAGCAGAAGCCACCGAGUCUUCACGCACAACUCAAGUGGAGAGCAAGGAGGAGGCAAAAGUGCAUUUCGAUGAAAGCCCCACAAAGCCUCCCGCGGCGACAAACAUCCAAGACGCCAAACGCAACCUGCCGCGGCUUCGUGUGCUGCCUGGCAUCGCGCCCGUGGGACGAGCCGCUGGAAUUCGGGAAGGUGAGCCCGGCGGCCUUCUGGGCCUUCAAAGCUCUUAUUCGAGGUCAAAGGCCCAUCAGGCCUUCAACAGCUCCAUCAAGUACGCUUCUCUCAACCUGAGGGACAAUGUGUUCGUAGGCAAGAAACACAACUUCUACGGCCUCAACUGUAACAUCAUCCACUGAUAAUCUCGUUCCCCCACUUUUCGCCGCCUGUUAUGGUAAAUUGUAGUCAAAUUGUGCUAAAUGUACCAAGUGAAAUUUUUACUUUAAAUACUUUGAAUGUAGAAAAAUCACACCUCGAAUAUUAAAGUAAAAGGCAAACAUUCAGACGAGGAAAUGAAAAAGAGCUCAAAAGCGUUCUGUGAAAAGGUGCUUUGCAACACAACGUCCUUGAGGCUUUGACCCUCAGUUUGGAUUCAUGUAACAUUCUUUUCAUUUUCCUUUUUUCUUUUCAUUUUUGAUAUCCGACCAAAGAAAACCACGGACCAACAGUUGCAACUCUUCUCUUUAGGGCUCAAACCUUCUCCCGCUCCUCCUCUGACGGGAACUUGAUGAUAAACGGGAUCACAUUGGUUCAUUUCUUCUCAUGUGUGCGGUUUCAAAGGACUUUUAUGCACAUUUAUUUUGAUUGAAACACAGCACAGAGACUCUGAUGAUAACCUGCAAUAAAUGUUAGGUUGUUUUGUCUCCUCUGUCUAUUUGUCUGUGCACAAAAUCAGCAAAACCUUUCCCUGACAAAUGCAAAUUUUGUAAGAAUAAAUACAUUCCCAGCCACUCGGACAGACUAAUGAUACAUUAGAGAUUGUACACGUGCACAUUUAAGGAUUUAAUGUAGUCCUAAUGAAUGUUAUGUUUUGAUUGACACUAUUGAAGUA